GGAAUCAACAAGGCCCACCGACUUCAAGACCAACAUCAGCGCCAUGGCCCGCAGCAAGGAAAUCGCCCCCGGCGUCGGCCGCCUCUCCCGCUCUGCCGUCUAUGCCCGCCGUGGUCUCUUCAAGGGCCAGAAAAAAACCGAGAAGCCCGCUGCGGCUGAGACCCCCGCGACGAAGGAGGUGUCCGUCGGCGGCGAGAAGAACGGCUCGACGCGUAUCGUUCCGACCAAGAAGGCGCCCCGCUUCUACCCCGCGGAGGACGUCCGCCAACCCAAGAAGAGUCGGAAAUCCCCCAAGCCCGCGAAGCUCCGCUCCUCCAUCACUCCCGGUACCGUCCUCAUUCUCCUCGCGGGUCGCUUCCGGGGGAAGCGUGUAGUGUUCUUGAAGCAGUUGGCGAGUGGGUUGUUGUUGGUCACCGGUCCCUACAAAGUGAACGGUGUUCCCCUCCGGAGGGUGAACCAGGCGUACGUGAUCGCCACCUCUACCAAGCUCGACCUUGGUGACUUCAAGGUUGACGAGAAAAUCAACGACGCAUACUUCGCGAAGCCUGCGACCAAGGGCUCCCGCUCCGCAGAGGAGGAGUUCUUCUCGGAGGGCAAGCCUAAGGAGAAGACUCCUUUCCCCGAGUCGAAGGCGGCUGACCAGAAGGCGGUCGAUGGCGCCGUCAUCGCUGCCAUCAAGAAGACCGAGUACUUGGAGAAGUACGUCAAGGCGACCUUCGGCCUCUCAAAGGGCCAGUUCCCUCACCAGCUCAAUUUCUAAUCGGGUAGAGGGAUUCUUUGGAGAGGUGGUGGGCAGACUGCUGGAGUCUUCAGCGAGGGGAGUUUAGCGGUCGCUGCAGCUAUGACUAUGAUAUGCCCUAUAGCACACGCAUGACACAUAUACGCACUUUGAUAUGCUAGUCUCUGGGCAUUGUAAAACCUGACGAUUGGG